GAGCUUUUGGAGCAAGUCUGGUUCGUAAUCGAAGCGUGUGCAAACAGAAGCGCGUUUGAUCAGGACUGUGUGAAUGAAGCCACAGAUAAAGAAGAGCUUCCUUCAUGCACGUGUGAAUUUGACUUUCACACCCUUCUCGUCUCAACUUCCUUAUCGACACAAACGGUUCGAGAGAAAAACAGAGCGAUGUUGGCGUCUUCCUCUUGUGAAGAGGAAGUUGAGUUUGCAGUGAGCUGAGCUGGAUCUGACUCUGACAGACAGAUGAGCCUUUAUGAAGACGCUGGAUUAAAAACGGCUCUCGCUGGAUUACGGGAGAUCUGCGGCUCCCUCUCGCCUGACCUCACCUACAUUCCCCAUGAUGCCAACGGCUGGCAGCUGAGCCAGAGCAUGCAGCACGUGACGUUGUCUGAAGCCCUUAGCUCCGCCUCCUGUGUGUUAGGCGACGCCCAUCACAGGAACUCCGCCUUAGCAGGGGGCGUGGCACACGUGAGCCACUCCUACUCCAUGUUCCUGCCCUCACAGAGAGAGUCUGCAAAUGGCAAGUCAGAUUACAGGCUGGUGGCAGAACCUCCUUCAUCUGAGAGCUCACCAGACAGUGAAGGAGUCACACCGGAACUGGAAAAGGCUGGUCUGCUCAACAAAACCAAGAUAGCAGAAGGAGGCAGGAAACUGAGGAAAAACUGGAACCCGUCAUGGGUGGUGCUGGUGGGAAACAGUCUCGUCUUCUUCAAAGACCCCAAAAGCCAGAAUCCUGACAGCUGGAAACCGGGUAACAGCUGUCCAGAGAGCAGCGUGGAUCUGAGAGGAGCUCAGCUUCAGUGGGCCAAUGAUCUGUCCAGCAGAAAAAACGUCUUCAAGCUGAGGACGGUUACGGGAAAUGAGUUCUUGCUGCAGUCCGAGACAGAAUCGCUCAUCAGAGAAUGGUACAGAACCAUCCAGAACGUCAUCGACAGGCUGGAUAAAGAGAAUCCUCUAGAUAAUGUGCUGCUGUAUUCUCUGAGGAGAGCCGGAUCGGUCGAGAUGUUGGAUCAGAGCGGAGACGAGGACGAGAAUCGUGCCGGAAACAAGACGUCGCUCCCUCGUUCCGCAUCUAACCUGGAGAACUCGGAGCACAAGCGUGUGAAGAGCCGCUUGAAGAAGCUGAUUCUCCGGAGGCCUCCGCUGCAGACGCUGCAGGAGAAAGGACUCAUUAAAGAUCAGGUGUUCGGCUGCGGGCUGGAGCUGCUGUGUGAGCGAGAGAAAAGCACCGUCCCAAAGUUCGUCAGGAAAUGCACUGAUGCUGUGGAGAGAAGAGGUUUGGAGACUGAUGGGAUUUACAGAGUCAGCGGGAAUCUGGCCGUCAUUCAGAAACUGCGCUUCGCUAUCAAUCAUGAGCGAGCCGUGACCACAGACGGACGCUAUCUCUUCCCUGAGGAUUUAGUUCAAGAGCGUCUGGAUCUGGACGACCCGCAGUGGGAGGACAUUCACGUCAUCACCGGAGCGCUCAAGCUGUUCUUCAGAGAGCUGCCCGAGCCGCUCGUGCCGUACGGAUUCUUCCACGACGUCGUCGAGACCGUCAAAACCUCUGAUUACCUGGAUAAGGUGGACAGACUGAAGCUGCUGGUCCUCAGCAUGCCUCCACACAACCUCCACACUUUAAGACACAUGAUACGACACCUCAGACGGGUGAUGGAGCGCUCCGACAGCAACCGCAUGACCACGCAGAACAUCGGCAUCGUGUUCGGCCCCACGCUGAUGCGCCCCGAGAACGAGAGCGGAAACAUGGCCAUUAACAUGGUGUAUCAGAACCAGGCCGUGGAGCUGCUGCUGAGCGAAUACCAGCAGAUCUUCGGAGCCGAGGAGACGGGAUCCUACUGAACACAAUCCCAGACUGCACUGGGACACGAGGACGAGGACGAGUCUGGAGACAGAUGGACUCAGAUCUGCAUCAUUACUCCACAAACUCACCAUAUAUACUGUAUGAGAGGGGUUUAUGAAUGGGUGGAUCUCAUGAAAACACGACCGGGUCACGUUUCAGCUCAGAUGUCAGAAAUAAUAAUAAAAAAUAGAAUUAUAUUUUGCAUAAAGAAAAUAAAUUUUUAGGAUCAAUAAGAUAACGGAAUGUUAUUUUAUUGUUAAUUAUACACCUUUUCACCAUAGAUUCUCAAAGCAU